AUGCUUGUGGACAUUGGCGAGGUGAAGCUUCUUGUCGAUAAACUGAAGCUGAAGCUGGCACAACGUUACGUGGAGAACCGCACAGACUAUGGGACCCCGAAGAGCAAGCACCUCCACGCUUUUCUUCAGAAGCACGGCAGCCCUGACAAGCGCGAGAUCACCAUCCGCGGCAUCGACAAGCAAGGGAACGCGUACACUGUCAGCGACGUUCUGCAUGAAGACCCCAUCGGAGCAGGCACGGGGGGGACGGACCUGGAGUCGUGCAUCAAGCUGGGGCAGCAGUUUGCGCAGGAGUUGAUUACCAAGCUGGACUACCGGCUUGGCGACCUGAAGCAUUUUGACGGGGCAAAACUCUUCAUGCCAAUGCACUACCCGCCACGGCUUGCCGACCGUGAAGGAUGGCUCAACGCCCACCUGCACGAACUCCUUGACAUGUUCAAGGAGAAGCUGCCCGGUACGUAA